GGAGGCGCAGGCGGAGGAGGGCAGGAGGACCGCAGCGUGUGAGUCGGGAGCCACUUUGCCGCCCCUCCUCUCGCUGCUGACACGCUUGGAGGAGUCACCACUCCGUGCGCUGCAGGAGAGCGUGGCAGACGGAGGCGGCCCCGGAGAGCGAGCCGGAGCGACGCCCGCGCGGUGGCGGCCGCAGAGCUGAUUGCACCCAAGGCAGGGGGUCCCCAGCGGCCGGAGCGUUCUGUUUUGAACCCAAAGUGGAUGAUGCUGUCGGACUGAGCCACUGACCAAAGUUUAUAAAAAAUUCCCAUCUUCUCAUUGGCUAUCAGUUGAGACACGAUGGAAGACUCUUACAAGGAUAGGACUUCACUGGUGAAGGGUGCCAAGGACAUUGCCAAAGUGGUGAAGAAACAAACAGUAAAGAAGGUGAAUCAAGCAGUGGACCGGGCCCAGGAUGAAUACACCCAGAGGUCCUACAAUCGGUUCCAGGACGAAGAAGAAGACGAUGACUAUUACCCACCUGGAGAAACCUACGGUGGGGAGGCCAAUGACGAUGAAGGCUCCAGUGAAGCUACUGAGGGUCACGAUGAAGAUGAUGAAAUCUACGAAGGGGAGUAUCAGGGCAUUCCCAGUACGAACCAAGGGAAAGACAGCAUCGUGUCAAUGGGGCAGCCCAAGGGUGAUGAGUACAAGGACCGACAGGAGCUGGAGUCAGAGAGGAAAGCCGAUGAGGAAGAACUAGCUCAGCAAUAUGAGCUGAUAAUCCAAGAGUGUGGUCAUGGCCGUUUUCAAUGGACCCUUUUCUUUGUCCUGGGCCUGGCCCUCAUGGCGGACGGUGUGGAGGUGUUUGUUGUUGGCUUUGUGUUGCCCAGCGCUGAGACGGACUUGUGCAUACCAAAUUCCGGAUCCGGGUGGCUAGGCAGCAUAGUCUACCUCGGGAUGAUGGUGGGGGCGUUCUUCUGGGGAGGACUGGCAGACAAAGUGGGAAGGAAACAGUCUCUUCUGAUUUGCAUGUCUGUCAACGGAACCUUUGCCUUCCUUUCUUCGUUUGUCCAAGGUUAUGGCUUCUUUCUCUUCUGUCGCUUACUUUCCGGAUUCGGGAUUGGAGGAGCCAUUCCCAUCGUGUUCUCCUACUUUGCGGAAGUGCUGGCCCGAGAGAAGCGGGGCGAGCAUCUGAGCUGGCUCUGCAUGUUCUGGAUGAUCGGCGGCAUCUACGCCUCUGCCAUGGCCUGGGCCAUCAUCCCGCACUACGGAUGGAGCUUCAGCAUGGGGUCGGCCUACCAGUUUCACAGUUGGCGUGUGUUCGUGAUUGUCUGCGCCCUCCCCUGUGUCUGCUCGGUGGUGGCCCUCACAUUCAUGCCUGAAAGCCCCCGGUUCUUGUUGGAGGUUGGAAAACAUGAUGAAGCUUGGAUGAUUCUGAAGUUAAUUCAUGACACAAACAUGAGGGCACGGGGUCAGCCCGAGAAGGUCUUCACGGUAAACAGAAUCAAAACCCCAAAACAAAUAGAUGAGUUGAUUGAAAUUGAGAGUGACACAGGAACAUGGUACAGGAGGUGUUUCGUUCGGAUCCACACAGAACUGUAUGGAAUUUGGAUGACUUUUAUGAGAUGUUUCCACUACCCAGUUAGGGAAAAUACAAUAAAGCUUACAAUCGUUUGGUUCACCCUGUCCUUUGGGUACUAUGGAUUAUCUGUUUGGUUCCCUGAUGUCAUUAAACAUCUGCAAUCGGAUGAAUAUGCAUUACGAACUAGAAAUGUGCCGAGAGAGAAAUAUGCCAAUUUCAGUAUUAACUUUACCAUGGAAAAUCAGAUUCAUACUGGAAUGGAAUACUACAAUGGCAGAUUCCUAGGGGUCAAGUUCAAAUCUGUAACUUUCAAGGAUUCGCUUUUUAAGGCCUGCACUUUUGAGGAUGUGACUUCAGUCAACACCUACUUCAAGAACUGCACAUUUAUUGACACUGUUUUUGACCACACAGAUUUCGAGGAGUACAAAUUCAUUGACAGUGAAUUUCAAAACUGCUCCUUUUUUCACAAUAAAACGGGAUGCCAGAUUACCUUUGAUGAUGACUACAGUGCCUACUGGAUUUAUUUUGUCAACUUCCUGGGAACAUUGGCGGUGUUACCAGGGAACAUCGUGUCUGCUCUCCUGAUGGACAGAAUCGGGCGCUUGACCAUGCUGGGUGGCUCUAUGGUGCUUUCGGGGAUUAGCUGUUUCUUUCUCUGGUUUGGCACCAGCGAAUCCAUGAUGAUAGGUAUGCUGUGUCUGUACAACGGAUUGACCAUCUCGGCCUGGAACUCUCUGGAUGUGGUCACUGUGGAGAUGUACCCCACGGACCGGAGGGCAACAGGCUUUGGCUUCUUGAACGCACUCUGCAAAGCUGCCGCGGUCCUUGGGAACUUAAUAUUCGGCUCCCUGGUCAGCAUCACCAAAGCAAUCCCCAUCCUGCUGGCCUCCACCGUGCUCGUGUGUGGAGGACUGGUGGGGUUUCGCCUGCCCGACACACAAACCCAGGUCCUGAUGUAACGGGAAACAAGCCAUCUGCCCGGUGUUUCUUUCUCCUGCCCUGUGUCAACUCUCCUGACCGACUCAACACUUCAUGAUUUUUCAGAUAUAAAAGGUGGUCAGAUGUCAGAACACUAACUCCUGCUGUGACUGAAACUUAGAUGCAUACCAUCUUGCCCCUUAAAUGUGAUUUUGCAGAGGGUCUGGGUUAGGUUUUGUUUUCCAUGCAUUGUCAUCUUUCCUAACUGUGAUGCUACUGCCUCCCCCAAAUCUAGUGGAAGCAUUUUCUUAAAUGUCCUGGUCAGCCGGGCCUCCCUGAGGUUCUGCUCGCUGGAGGCCUGGGAGCUAAGAAGAGGACUGCGCAGCUAUAAGGCAUAGAUCCUGCUCCUAGUUCAAUGUUCACAGGAAGUAUAAGUUGGCGUAUUAUUGCAUUUGUGCUGAGGAGAGGGAUUCUUUCUCUCUCUCUCUCUUUUUUUUUUUUUCAAACAGAGUGACAUUUCCUGUUUACUUAGAAAAGGACACCCAGCAAUUCUAGCUAUAACAGCAGAGCCUUUCAAAGAAAACCAUGUGGUACCAAACAGGGCUGGGUGGAGCCCUUUCAGGAGGGACAAUUAAGGUGGCUCUACUGACAAGAAAAAUAAAGGCUCUGCAGUUAGCAGCAACAGUCUGAGUGAGCUGCAAAAGCAAGAUUUCUGCCAGAAAGCCCAAUGAAUUGCUGAAAAUGUGAGGAAAUAGUGUCUGUGAUUGUGGCAUGUGGUUCAGAAUGUUAGAAAAUGAGGGAGAGAUCUUUGGCCUCCAUUCAUCCCUCCUCCCCCUGCCCCAGCCCCAGAUACCAGUGAUCUUGCCCGAAAACAGAUUCAGGAAAAGAAAGCCUCUUUCUAAAAAUUGGGUCUGCCUACCUGAUUCUGCCGUUCAUCUAAACUGUCUCUAGUCUGGAGAUUGUCAGGCAUCUGCAUUGUUGUAAAUUUUAAAUCGGGGAGACAUUCACACCUAAAACCAUUUGGAAAUGCAAAGUAAUACCUUGAGGGACAGUGGCCCCAGUGACAUUGGACUUCAUAGCUGGCAUCCCUGAAGCAGGUCCCGUCUUCUGUCUUCCUCUGGGCUGGGGCACCCGUCAGGGUGUUCUGUGUGGGAUCACAGCCUGCCAUGCCCAAGGGGCCCUCUGGCAGGCACAGCAGCCUCUCCGGGUGGUGUUUGGCUGCUCAUUUCAUCUGUGCAAUCUGCCUGGGCCUGGAAGAGAGAGGUCAGCAGGACAUUCCUAGGGGCUGUCAGCUACAUGACCUUCUCACCCCUCAGGCCCGCCCCUCCUCCAAGCUCAUGCUUUUUGCUCAUCUUUGAAAUCUGAAGCUUUCUUGUAGAUGUGCAGCAAUGACCAGAAGCCAGGAAUAAAUCCCAUAUUAAAACAAUAUUCCUUUUUUUAACUCUCUCUUUCUUGUGAGAGGGGUACCUCUUACUUAUUAUAGGCAUUUCCAGCAGGCCUCAGCCCUGGGGCCUCACUAAGGAGAGCCUUUGUUUCCGAUAGUCAUUACAUUCAAAGCUGUCUUAACCCCAGAGGCCCCUCUGCCUCCCUCUCCCUCCCUAAUGAUCCUGGUAGAGCUCCAGACUGUGGAGUUCAGACUCCCUGAAAAGCUUCUUUCAUUAACAUAAGCCAUUAAUCGACUCCCCCUUGAAGUAAU